AGGAUGGAGAGAGAGGCAGGUGGAGAGGAGAAGUCUCAAUUUCACUCAUUGGAUUUUACCAAAAAUACAAAGAAAAAAGGAAGCAAAUCUUUAACUUCCAAAACAGAAAGAAAAAAAAAACCUAAUUUUAUAUAAUUCCCAUUUAAAAGAGAUAUGGUGCGAGAGAGAAAGAUUGGGAGAUGCAAGAUGGCGCAUAAUAGCAGAAGCAGAAGUGUUUGUUUCUGGGUCCUUGCCUUUCUUUUCUUUUCCUUUUUAUGCCUCACAAAAGCCCACGAGAGACAGCGAGCUCGCAUCCCCCUCUCCUCUCCUUUUAUCCCUUCGCCGCUUCCCUCUCUUCUCCCAGAUCCCACACAGAUCUUCCCUCUCUCGCCGUUUCAGAAACCGUAUUUUUUUCUUUCUCUCAAUUCGAAAAUCCGUCAGAUCUAAUCCCUUUUUCGUCGGUUCCUGAUCAGAUCCAGGGGUUUGCUAAGUGCUAACAUAUCUUCCAGCGAAGAUGAUGCAGGCCUAUGAAGAAGACCUUGAUGAGGAAGCUGGCUAUGAUGACUAUUACAGUGAUGAUAAUGGCUUGGAUGAGUAUGAAGAGGAAGAAGAAGAAGUACCCCCAAAGGAAGAAGUUGAAUAUCUUGAAUUGCGCCAAAGGAUCAAGGAGUCUAUCAGGAAAAAAUCGGGCAGUGGAGGUGUUACUGCUGCUCAAUCUUCACAAGACAGAAGAAAAAAACAACUCCCUUACAACGACUUUGGUUCCUUCUUUGGCCCUUCACGGCCUGUGAUAUCCUCGAGGGUUAUUCAAGAAAGCAAAUCCUUGCUGGAAAACGAGAUAAAGAACUCCAACCAACCUAAGAAAAGACCUGUUCCAGCUAGCAGCUCGGGCGAUAAGAAUGUGUCACAUGAGAAGAAGCGGCCUAAAGUCUUGAGUGCCACAAGAAGGAAAGUUGAGACUCUCAAGGACACAAGAGACUAUUCCUUCUUGUUUUCGGACGAUGCGGAGCUUCCUGCUCCGAAGAAGGAACCUCUGUCUCGAAGUGGCUCCUUUCCUAAUUCCGGUAGGCGUUUUGCUGAUAUUCAAGAGUCGAGAUCUGCGAGACCCAAACAAUCACCAGCUAUCAAUGGUAGAGUUGCUCAAGGUCCACCACCUCGUGAGGAUAAGAGACCUGUUGUUUCUGCUAAUGGCCAUUCACGACCGGCUUCCUCUGGCGGCCAAAUGAAUCAUUCAAGACCUACGGCUACGGCUUCCUCAGGAAGCCAAAUGCAAUCGAAAUCUGUCUCGGGGAGACCUACGGCUUCCUCAGGCAGCAGUCAGAUGCAGAAAUCAAGACCAGUUUCCUCUGGUAACCAAAUGCAGCAAAGAGCUGCAUCCUCUGGAAGCCAGAGACCUGGUUCCUCGACAAACCGUCAAGCACCCAUGAGACCACCAGGUUCAACAAUGAAUGGCCAAUCAGCUAAUCGGAAUGGCCAGCCAAGUUCCAGAUCAGAACACCAAAGACCAGCUCCUGGGAAGGUGCCAGUGGAUCAUAGGAGGCAGAUGAGCAACAGCAGCAGCAAUGGAGUUGGUCCUGGUCGGUCCGGGUCUACAGCAAGACCUUUGCCUUCUAAGCCAUCGUUGGAGAGAAAGCCCUCCAUCAUCUCGGCGGGAAAGAGUUCUCUUCAAAGUGCGCAAAGACCAACGUCCUCGUCCAGGCCAAUGUCAUCUGAUCCUAGGCAACGGCUGGGAGAACAGAGAAAGGUAAACCCUACCGCAUCCCGAAUAAUCCCAAAACAACCAGUGCCUACCUCAAGACACCAGAUGAUGAGCAAACCGGCAGCCAAGAGACCUCCACAGCGUGACAUACAUGAUGAUCGGAGGCCUUUGAAGAAGAAGAAGCCUUCAAUAAUGUCAGAGGAUGCUAAGGCAUUGAGCAUGAUUAGACAAAUGUUCAAUACCAAUCGUUACGCUGGACGUGACGAUGAUGACAGAAACAUGGAAGCCAAUUUCGACGAUAUCAUGAAGGAAGAGAGACGAAGUGCGAGAAUUGCAAGGGAGGAAGAUGAAAAGGAAGCGCAGCUGAUAGCACAAGAAGAAGAGCGAGAGAGGCUGAGAAAGAUUCGGAAGAACCGAUAAAAGUCAGAAAGAGACCUUUGAACUUUAUCUUUAUCUGAUGUGACUUCAGAUUUUUUUAGUGGUUCUCGCAUUUGCAUCUCUUUUUUGGCUGCUUGGGGGCAAAAAGAGUUUUAACUUUUAUUUUUGUUCUUUUAGUUGUAGAACUAGUAAUAAUAUCUUAAGUAGGUGAAAGCUUUUUUCUUUUGGUAGAACCGGAGAACGAUAUAGAAAAAUUAGAAACAGAGAAAAAUAAUAUCUUUUGUUUGAGAUGAUCUGAAAUAUGAUUUUAGUGGUUCGUUUU